CGCCGGCAGCUCUCAAUUAGCACAAGAACAAGGAUCUGGAUUGAACCGAAUUGAGAAAUAUGGGAGAGGGGGAAGAAGAAUUGAAGACGAAAGCCGAAGAUCAUGAAGUUGAAAUUCAGGAGAGGGGAGAAAUAUUCUUCUUGUAUAGGCCUAAAGUCGAAAAACAAGAAGUGCAUAGCCCCGAUGAGGUGCAACGCUUGUACAUUAUUCUGCGGCCACUGUCCGGUGAGAAGACGGUCGAGGAGAAACAAUGUAAGGAUGGUGGACAGAGUACCCACACCCAGGAAGUUAACAUCAAAAAGCAACCGCUGUUACGGUUCAUCAUUAUGGGUCGAAAAAGCCUUCCACACCCAUCCCACAGGUCUCGACCAUACUGGGGAUUUGUGGAUAUGGUCACUACCAACGUUCAAGAGAUCAAGAUUGCGCUUCAAGGAGAGGAAUACGACACUUCAACUCGAGGACAUCGCCAUAUUUCUGCGGCAAGAGCAUUGGGGGAAGGCAUUUACCGUAUUCUAAGGCAUAAUCCAAAAAACAAAAACAAUAAUCACACUCAUUUGAUCUACAAGCUAGAGUUUCCAGCGGCAGACGAGAAGAACGAGCCUCAGAAAUCCUUUAAUAUUGAAAGGGAAGGGUCAUUUGUGAUACAAAUAAAGAACCCAGAGCAAGGAGGUGCAGGUGGUUCGUCUUCUCAACACAAACGCAGGGCUCAGUUUCCAGCGCAUUUGCAAGGUCAAUUUGGGCAUAAACGGUAUUGCCCGGCCGACCCGCCUGAGUUCUUAAAUUUUGAAGGGUGUGAGUUCUUGUUGAUAUCGGCUUCCGAUGAUAUAGAACAGGAAUUGGGGUUGGAGUUAUUUACUGAAGGAGAAGAAUGUGAUUUGGUGAAGACUUUUGGAGAUGCUGUUUCCACGAAGCCUCUUUUCGAAGGUACUUGGGUGUAGUGUGUGGUUUAGAGACAUGGGGUAAUGGAGUGGCUUCUUGUACUUAGUUAAUUAUUAGUAUUAGUCUUUUUUAUGUUCAACUACUAAUGUUUUAAGUAGAUGUGUACUUGCCGUUGAAAUCAAUAUUAGGAGGAAAUUAUUAGAGUAUGGAUUCUAGAGUCCUUGCUGUAGGAGUCAAUGUCGAAAAUGACUUCUUAUAUCAAGUAUAUGGUUAGCAUUUUGUGAUUUUCCUUCA